AUGCAGACCAAACACUUUUUCUCCGACCCGAACCACCUGGUUCUGACUGCCCUCCACUCGCUUACCCUGACAAACCCGUCUCUGGCUUUGGACCCCACGCACAAGAUCGUCUUCCGUCGCCCAGAUGCUCCCCGCAAGGCCAAGAAAGUAUCAAUCGUCACUGGUGGUGGCUCCGGCCACGAGCCUGCCUUUGCGGGGUAUGUCGGCCACGGGCUGUGUGAUGCCUCGGUCGCAGGCACUAUCUUCGCCUCUCCGUCCGCGGAGCAGAUUCGCAGGGCCGCCAUGGACCGCGUCCCCACCGAGGAAGGCGUGUUCAUCAUUCCCAUGAACUAUACCGGCGAUGUGUUGAAUUUCGGUAUGGCCGCGGAGAAGUGCCGUGCCGCCGGCAUUAACACCGAGUUCUUUGCCAUCAACGACGAUGUUGGUGUGGGCCGGGAGAAGGGCGGUUUGGUCGGCCGCCGCGGACUUUGCGGUGGCAUUCUGAUCCUCAAGAUGAUUGGAGCCUUGGCUGAGGCAGGUGGCUCGCUCGAGGAAGUAUACGGCUUGGCCAAGCAGGCAAACGAUAACUUGGUGACACUGGGCUCCUCCCUGGAGCAUGUUCACGUCCCCGGUCGUGAUAUGCCCGAGGACACGGUUGAGCACGGCGAAGUUGAGAUCGGCAUGGGUAUUCACAACGAGCCGGGCUCCCACCGGGCCAAAUUCGAGCUUGUAGGUCUGGUCUCCAUCAUGCUUAAGCAGCUGCUCGAUCAGAACGACACCGACCGCAACUACAUCACUCGCAAGCCCGAGGACAAGUUUGUGAUGCUCGUUAAUAACCUCGGCGGUGUCAGCCCGCUGGAGAUGGCCGGUAUCACCGACGAGGUCUACCGCCAGCUGGAGCGCGACUACCAGAUCAAGCCGGUCCGUCUCAUCCAGGGUACCUUCCUGACCAGCUUGAACGGCCUCGGCUUCAAUGUCUCGCUACUGAAGCUGUCCGACACCGGCCUGGGCCCUGGAAAGUCCAUGCUGGAGCUGCUGGACGCGCCCGCUGAAGCUGUGGGUUGGUCCGCUCCCAUCCCUACCUCGACCUGGGAUAAUCGGUCCGACACUCCUGUUGAGCUCAAAGACUCCAACCUGGCCGAAGAGACGCCCAGCAACCUUAAGCUGGAUCCUGCCGUUGUUAAAAAGGUUCUCGGCGCCGGCCUGAAGCGCGUCAUCAGCGUGGAACCCGAGGUUACCCGCUACGAUACCAUCGUAGGUGACGGUGACUGCGGCGUGGGUCUGAAGCGUGGGGCGGAAGCCAUCCAGGCGCUUCUAGACAAUGCCUCGCCCCCACUGAGCGAUGACAUCGUCAACACGGUGAACCGCAUCGUGACCGUGGUUGAAAACACCAUGGACGGCACCUCAGGUGCCAUCUAUGCCAUCUUCUUGAACGCGCUGGCCCACGGCCUGCGCGCCCAGGACCAGAGCUCCGCCGUGCCGGCCACGACCGAGGUCUGGGCCAAGGCCCUGAAGCACUCCAUAACCGCGCUGAGCAAGUAUACACCAGCCAAGCCUGGUGACCGCACUCUCAUCGAUGCUCUUGUCCCCUUCGGCGACACCCUAUUGGAGACCCUCGACGUGCGCGUUGCCGCCGCCGCCUCCCAGCAGGGUACCGAGUCCACCAAGAGCAUGAAAGCCAGUUUGGGCCGCGCUGUGUAUGUUGGUGAUGAGGGAGAGUGGCUCGGCAAAGUGCCUGACCCCGGCGCUUUCGGUCUCAGCGAGUUCCUGACUGGCCUGGCUGAGGCGGUCUAG